AUGAGCUCUGCUCGUACCGCCGUGCCUCCUCGACCAACAACGACUGUAAAUAAUACUUCUCCAACAAUACCGUCUGAUCCUCGCCUUGGAAAUAGCAACACUUCUAUAAAUACCUCAAACACUCCCAUAAUACCACCUAGACCAGGUACUGUCGUCGGGAAAAGUCAAUCUUUAGGCAACAUGCGUGAACCUGGAACUGGACAAGCCGUGACCGCUCAACAAAGUAAUAUAGACCCUGCCUCACCACCAGCCAAAGCACGACGGGCUCCACCACGGCCUGCUAAUAAUACCGGACCAACACCAAAUAAUAAUCAUAGUAGCAGCAACAAUAUUACAACUAGUGGUCCCAAUAUAUCGAUACCAAGAGAUGCUGCAGCUCAAAUGCCCAAAUUCCCUACUCCAAUGAACAGAUCAGGGUCAACGGAUGCUGUCAGCUAUGGUGGUGAUAUGAAUUUGAUUCCAACAAGUCAGGCUGCCACUUUGGCUGGAACGUACGUAUCGCCUAGUCGAUCACGAGAUGCAACUGAAGAGAAGGGUGGCAUGAAGGGCGUGUUUGGAAACUUGAUGAGUUCAGUUCAAGGUAUUUUUGAUGCUAAUGCAGAAAAGUCAUCCUCGUCUUCAAGGCGUGAGAUCUCAUCACCAUACAAUCCAAUACAUUUAACUCAUGUUGGAUAUAAUGUUGAUACGGGAGAGUUUACCGGACUGCCUAAAGAGUGGCAAGCGCUCUUGACGCAAGCUGGUAUCUCCAAACAGGAACAGCAAGCACAUCCUAAAGCAGUCAUUGAUAUUAUUGGAUUCUAUCAAGAAACGAAUGGUGGCGUAGAUUUAUCCGAAGGUGUAUGGAAUAAGAUGAACAAUCCAUAUGCCAAGCAAGCAUUAUCAAAAGCAGGCUAUAAAAGUCCAUCAGGUUCACCUGGUUCAACCAGUCCACCUGAAACCAGCCCAAGGUUGCCAGCUAAACCACCACGGCAGUCUACACUACAACAAACAAAUGCUACACAAUUGCCAGCAGCAGAGUCGAAAAAGAAACCUCCAGUACCAGCAAGACCUGCUCACACUAUGAGUGUUUACUCCACUGAUUUACCGAAAACCGAUAAACCACUCACGCCCUCUAGACCUGAUGACUCGUCACCAAGUAUAGCGGCACGUGCUCAAGCCUUCGAACAACAAGGGUCGUCGAAUACCAUUGGGUCACCAUCUCUCACAAAGAAGGGACCACCACCUCCGAAGCCAGAUAUUAAUGGUAAUGCAGGUCCACCUCCUAAGCCCGUGGCGAAUUCUAAUGGUAAAGCACAACCAGCACCUAGUGCAACAGCUCCCCGUAAAGAUGAAGCAGCAGCUACUGGUACUGCUCUUGGUGGUUCUGCAACCCCACGAGCCAGAAACCCUAAACAAACUGGAUCGGACGAUAUUGUGGAUAGGCUGAAGGCUAUAUGUAACCCAGCAGAUCCAACCAAGCUGUACAGAAGUCUCGUCAAAAUUGGUCAAGGUGCUUCAGGGGGUGUGUAUACCGCAUAUGGAAUCAAUUCAGAUCAAGCGGUUGCCAUCAAGCAAAUGAACUUGGAGCAACAACCUAAGAAAGAUCUCAUCAUCAAUGAAAUAUUGGUGAUGAGAGGCUCCAACCACAAGAAUAUUGUAAAUUACAUUGAUUCGUUCUUGUACAAGGGUGACUUAUGGGUCGUAAUGGAAUACAUGGAGGGAGGAUCAUUAACUGAUGUCGUCACGAGUAAUUACAUGACCGAAGGUCAAAUCGCUGCUGUCUGUAGAGAGACACUGGAAGGAUUGGAACAUUUACAUUCCAAAGGUGUCAUUCAUCGAGAUAUCAAGAGUGACAAUCUACUAUUAGGAUUAGAUGGAUCUAUAAAAUUGACCGACUUUGGAUUUUGUGCACAACUUAAUGAUGCCCAAUCGAAACGAACAACAAUGGUGGGAACACCAUAUUGGAUGGCUCCUGAAGUCGUGACGAGGAAGGAAUAUGGCCCUAAAGUAGAUAUAUGGUCUUUAGGGAUCAUGGCCAUCGAAAUGGUGGAGGGCGAACCACCAUACUUGAACGAAAAUCCACUCCGUGCUCUAUAUUUGAUUGCUACGAAUGGAACGCCGCAGUUACAGAAUCCUGAAGCUCUGUCGUCGGUGUUCAAGGACUUCUUAAAGGUUGCCUUAGAAGUUGACGCGGAAAAGAGACUGAAUGCUACUGAGUUACUCAAGCACCCCUUCUUGCAACGAGCGGACCCAUUAAAGCAUCUUGUUCCACUCAUCAAGGCAGCACGAGAGAGUGCGAAAAAGACCCAACAGUAG